GGCGAGUUGCCGCUCAGUCUUGAAUCUGCUCAUCGGCUGCAGGAUGAACUGAUGCGCGGCCACCGAGAUGGGCUUUUCGGAUAACCGCCGGGUACUCUUGGGGACUGUUUGCGUGCUGCUGUGCGUAACGUCGGCCUCCGAUUCAGCGGAAGUAGAAGAAACAACAACGUGUUCAACAGAUAACUUCAGAUGCAGUAACGGCAGAUGUAUUCCUCUACGGUGGGUCUGUGAUUACCAAAAAGACUGUGAAGAGGGCGAAGAUGAACAUCAGUCUUGUGCUCCUCCACAGUGCAAUUCAAACCAAUUUUCAUGUGGGCAGUAUGUUUUUAAUCAAUCCUACUGCAUACCAAAGCACUGGAGGUGUGACCAAGUUGUAGAUUGUGUGGAUGGAACGGAUGAAAGUGGUGACUGUAAAUAUCGUGUGUGUGAAGAAAGUGACCAUAAAUGUGGCAGUGGUUUGUGUGUCCCAGCAUCCAAAAAGUGUGAUGGCUAUUAUGACUGCAGAGACGAAAGUGAUGAGGCAUCAUGCACAACAAAUGGAACUGCCUGCCGGUUAAAUGAAUUUCGCUGUCGACAUGGCAACAAAUGCAUUGAUGAGAGCAAGAAAUGUGACCACUGGGAUGACUGUGGGGAUAAUUCUGACGAAGAAGGAUGUGAUUUUCCUCCUUGCAACGAAGGCCAGUUUCGGUGCACAAAUGCUAUAUGCAUACCAAUUCGUUGGCGAUGUGAUGGACACUCGGACUGCUCGGACCAAUCCGAUGAACGAAACUGCACAUCUGUUACAUGCUUGGAUACAAAAUUUCUAUGCCCAUCUGAGAAAAAAUGCAUUGACAAGUCAAAGCUGUGCGAUGGGAAGCAAGAUUGUGAUGAUGGGGCAGAUGAGAAGAAGAAUUGCUCAUCCAGCCUAUGUCGCACACUGUCAUGUGAACACGGCUGCCGUGCAUCUUUGGAGGGUGGUGACUGCUUCUGCCCUCCCGGAAUGACUAUAAAUACCAAGGACAAACGGAGUUGUAUGGAUUUGAAUGAGUGCUCUGAAUGGGGUUACUGCGACCAGUUGUGCACCAACAGUCCUGGCAGUUAUCAGUGUCUCUGUGUUCGUGGGUACACUCUGGACCCACCUCGUCAUUGCAAAGCGGACAACAGCUCUGCUAUGCGACUAUUGUUCACUCGGCACAAUGCAAUUUACUCGGUCAGCAGUGAUGGAGCAGACUUGAGCAUUUUGGCAAAUGCGUCUUCAGCAUCUGGUUUGGACUAUCAUCAUGACAGAAAGUUACUUUUCUGGACAGACACUGAAACGAAACAGAUCCACUCAAUGAGGCUUGCAGGAGAUAAGGAGCUGAGGUCACCAAUCAGUGUUGUUUUCUCAUGGAAUCCUGUGUCUAUGGCUGUUGACUGGGUUGGAAACAAGCUUUACGUCUGUGACUCACUGGGACAGAAAAUUGAUUUGCUCGAAUUGGAUGGCCUUAGACAUGCCAUUGUGCUCAGCAGAAACCUUUCCAAUCCACAGGACAUUGCUCUGGACCCAACUGUAGGAUAUAUGUUCUUCAGUGAUGGUGACCACAUUGACCGCGCACAUAUGGAUGGAUCACACAGGACUACCAUAGUAACUGCCAUUUACAAGGCUACAGGCCUCACUGUAGACUAUGUCACUAAAUUUCUUGUAUGGUGCGACUCCCAGCUGGACCAGAUUGUUGCCAUCGACUACACAGGCAGCAAUAGGAACAUCAUUAUACGAGGCAGCACCCGUGUGCCAUCUCCAAACAAGAUUACAUUGUUUGAGGACAAAGUGUAUUGGACGGAUGGUACCCGACAAGGAGUUCUCCAAGCCAAAAUAUUCAACAACAAUGAUACUGUCACAAUAGUACACAGGGAUAGGCAACUUUCGAAGGAACCUGGUGCCAUCAAGUCCUACCACCCCUUACGCCAACCCGUCGUGUCAAAUCCUUGUGGUCUGAACAAUGGUGGCUGCCAGCACAUGUGCAUUGUGACCCGGGGAUCUGGCGGAUUCGGGCUACUUGGCUACAGAUGUGUUUGCCAUACAGGCUUUGAACUGCUGUCUAAUAGAAAGGACUGCACAAGGGUGUCAACAUUUUUGCUGUAUUCUCAGCAGAAGUUUGUGCGUGGCAGCCUCAUGAACAUAACUCAGGAUGGGUUCACAGAUGCCAUGGUGCCAAUUGUGAGCAAAUCUGCUCGUUUUGUCGGCUUAGACUUCGAUGCACGUGAAAGAUUUAUUUACUACUCUGAUGUCAUUCUGGAUGUUAUCUACAGAGUCACAAUUGAUGGAUCUGGGAAAGAAAAUGUUCUGGCAUCCCAAAAUGAAGGAGUAGAAGGCCUGGCCUUGGAUUGGGUUUCUCAUAACCUUUAUUACAUUGACAGCCGAAAAGGAACGUUGAAUGUCAUUAGUGUCAAAAACUUCCAGUACCGAAGAACAUUAUUGAAGAACUUGAAGCGUCCUCGUGCCAUUGUUGUCCAUCCAAACAAAGGAUAUGUGUUUUACUCUGAGUGGGACAGACCAGCAAAUAUCAGUCGUGCAUACCUGGAUGGAAGCAAUGUGAUGGUUUUUCGAGGUGUGCUGUUGGGAUGGCCCAAUGGGCUCAGCAUAGAUUUUCAGACUGAUCGUCUGUACUGGUGUGAUGCCCUCCUGGAUCACAUACAACAUGCAAAUCUGGAUGGAACAGAUGUCCAGACCAUCAACUCUCCGCGUAUUAAGCACCCUUUCUCACUAGUCAUUCAUGGAGAUUGGUUGUUCGUCACGGAUUGGCGUUUGGAUGCAAUCUUGAAGAUGCACAAGAUUACUGGAGCUGAUGAGAAGAUCAUAACUACAGUGGAAGAAGGCAGCCGACUUUAUGGCAUUAAGGUCUACAGCCGAGACAACCAGAAAGUUGACAGUCGCCACCCAUGUCAAUUCAACAAUGGUGGCUGCCAAAAGUUGUGCUUUCCCAUCCCAUCAAAUGGAAGCCAAGGUCCCGAUCUGGUUGUCAGCUGCGGAUGCCCUUAUGGUGAACAGCUCUCAAAGGACAACAGGACCUGCAUUUCAGACCCAUCUGCAGAACCACCUGUUCAGGCAUGCCCCAACACGUGGGACUUCACAUGCGAGAACCAGCGCUGCAUUCCCAAAACCUGGGUGUGUGAUGGAGACGAUGACUGUCUUGACAACUCAGACGAGAUGAAUAACUGUACACGAAACACUUGCAGUCCUCGUGAGUUCAGGUGUGGCAGUGGUCGAUGCAUACCCCUGUCAUUUAAAUGCGACUCUGACAAUGACUGUGGUGACUUCUCAGAUGAAACGGGAUGCACUAAUGUGAAAUGUGACAACUCGGAGUUUUCCUGCGAGAACGGACGAUGCAUUCCGCAGUCUUGGAAGUGCGAUUCUGAAAAUGACUGCGGGGACGGUUCAGAUGAAGGAGAUUUUUGUAAGGAAAAAACCUGUGCAUACUACCAGUUCACCUGCCCUGGAUCGGGUCAUUGUAUCCCACGUAGCUGGGUUUGCGAUGGAGACAAUGAUUGCUUCGACCAAGCUGACGAGAACAACUGUCCCCCAGCGGUCUGCAGCUCUUCUCAGUUUCAGUGCUCCAACAAGAAACAGUGUAUCCAUGAAAGUUACCGAUGUGAUGGAGUCAGUGACUGCCAAGACGGCUCUGAUGAACAAGGCUGUCCAUCAUUGGCACCUGAUCAGUGUGACCUGGAGAAGUCCUUCCAGUGCAAAAAGUCAAGGGUGUGCAUUCCAAAGCUGUGGUAUUGUGAUGGCAAUGCUGACUGUGAAGAUGGCAGCGAUGAACCUUCGUCAUGCGGCCAAGUUGAAUGUCCACAGAACCACUUCAAGUGCAACAAUACCAAAUGCAUCUUCAAGUCCUGGAUAUGUGAUGGCAGUGAUGACUGUGGAGAUAAUUCGGAUGAAGAUAGCAGACAUGCUUGUGUUGCACCGAAAUUCCAAUGUGAGCAUGGCCAGUGGCUUUGCCCAGGAGUUACAGAUCGUUGUGUCAAUAUAUCCUCGGUAUGUGAUGGAAAGCCUGAUUGUCCAAAUGGAGCUGAUGAAGGCCCUGGCUGUGCAUCUACACCAUGCAAGGACAACAAGGCUGGUUGCACACAUGGAUGCCAUGUAACACCCAUGGGGCCUCUAUGUACCUGUCCAAAGGGAGAAGUACUGAAUGACACAACAACAUGCGUUGACCUCAACGAAUGCCUGAUUGCUGGAACCUGCAGCCAGCACUGCACCAACAGCAAGGGAUCAUUCACAUGCUCAUGCGAGCCAGGCUACACACUUGAGCUCAAACACAGAUGUAAAGCAACCAACAGGUCAGAUGCCUUCUUGGUGAUCUCAAACCGCCGCUCAAUUCUGGUUGCAAACCUGGACACAAGCUUUCUGGAGCGUGUGCCUGUAAAAGUGGAAAAUGUUGUCGCUACUGCUUCGGAUAUGGCUACCAACACCAUUUAUUGGUCAGACAUGAGUGUGAAGAAAGUUUUCCGGCUGACUAAAGGUGGAGAACCACAAGUGGUAAUUUCUAGUGGCCUUGAUCUGGUAGAAGGCUUGGCUGUUGAUUGGGUGGCACGCAAUCUCUACUGGGUUGACUCUCGACUCAAGACAAUUGAAGUGUCAACGCUCGAUGGAAAGAACCAUAUUGUGUUGCUGAAGGAAAAUAUUAGUCAACCAAGAGGCCUGUCUCUGGACCCAAGAGAAGGGGUUCGUCUCAUGUUCUGGACUGACUGGGGUGAAAACCCACGUGUUGAGAGUGUUGGUCUUGAUGGUACCAUGCGGAAGACAAUUGUGCACACCAAGAUAUACUGGCCCAAUGGUCUAACCCUUGAUUUACCCAACAAGCGCAUUUACUUUGCUGAUAGCAAGCUGGACUACAUUGACUUCUGCAAUUAUGAUGGCUCAGGGCGUCAACAAGUGCUGGCACACAACCAUUAUCUGUUGCACCCACACUCCCUCACCAUCUUUGAAGACACACUGUAUUGGACAGAUCGUCAGCUAAACAGGGUAUUAUCGUGCCAGAAGUUCAGAGGCACCAAUCAAACUGUUGUGUCACAUCUUGUUAGCCAGCCCUUAGGCAUUCAUGUGAACCAUCCAGUACUGCAACCACCUUCUAGCAACCCCUGUGCAAGUGCACCUUGUUCCCAUUUGUGCUUGCUGUCGCCAUCAAGGCCUACGCAGUAUUCUUGUCGUUGCCCACCCGGCUACACACAAGACAGGGCUUCAGCCAGUGGCUCAUGUGUACCAGUUGAUACUCCAUUCCUGAUGCUCAUGAAGGCCAACCAGCUGAUUGACAUUAGCUUGACACCUGAUGACAAGUCAUCUGGCCAAAUUGUUCCAAUAAUAGGCAUUGAGAAUGGCUAUGACUUUGACUAUGACAAGCAAGAGGGCAAUAUCUACUGGAUUCAGCUGGCAGAUGAAGACAAGGAGAAUGGCACAAUCUACACUGUGAGCCUCAAGGGUGGAAAUGUAACCAAAUUCUUGAUGGAUGGAAUUAUUGGUGCUCCAUAUGCAAUUGCCUUUGAUUGGGUUGGAAGGAAUUUGUACAUUGGAAACAGGAAGGCUUCCAACAUAGAAAUUGUGAAAGUAGAUGGAGAAAAACAGUACCGAAGGGUUUUGCUGACAAAUGAUGGAUCUGAAAAAGGAAUUGGAAAGCCAAAGGCCAUAGUACUUGAUCCUGAGCAAGGAAAACUUUUCUGGCUUGAUGAUGGCGGCAUUGGUGUUCCAAGGAAGCUGGCCCGAGUGUCGAUGGAUGGCAAGAACCCGAUUAUUCUAGUCAAAGACAACCUGCGACGCCUUGAGGCACUCACCAUUGACCUUACAGGAAAACGUGUCUACUGGAGCCAGAGCUUUGAAGGCAUUAUUGAAAGUGUGGAUCUGGAUGGAAAUGGCCGCAAGACCCUAAUAUCCAGUGUGGCAGGCCUGGCCAAGCCUCAGGGGCUGACUGUCUUCAGCAACAAACUUUACUACCUUGACUCUGUUCAUGAAAAAAUAGCACGAGUUGACCUGCCUGAUGGAGGAAACCAAGUUGUUCUGGAGGACAACACCCCUGGCCUGGUCACCUUGAAGGUAUAUGGCAAGAAACCAGGGGACAGCCAUCCUUGUCGAAGCAACAAUGGUGGCUGCGAGCAGCUGUGCAUUCCUGUCUCCAACAACCAGAGACAGUGCAUGUGUAGUACAGGCUUCAAGGGCAAUGGAGACACGUCCUGCAUGCCAUACUCAUCGUUCCUGGUGGUAUCUGAGCUUGACAAAGCUCGAGGGUUCAGUCUCGAAGACCAUGGAGAAGCUAUGCAACCGAUUGCUGGUCCAGGACACAACAUCCUACACCUUGAUGUGCAUGUAGCAAUGAACCACAUUUAUUGGAUUGAGUUCAACCAAGGCGAGCGUAAUGGCAUUUACCGAAUUAAGCCUGAUGGCACAGAUCUGAAGCAUGUGAUUGCCGAUGGUAUCGGCAGCAAUGGUAUACGUGGCGUUGCUGUUGACUGGGUUGCAGGAAGCAUAUACUUCACCAACGUCUUCCCUCAUGAAACAUACAUAGAAGUGUGCUUGCUGGAUGGAUCAAAUAGAGUCAUCUUACUCAAGACUACUACUGACUCUCCUCGAGAAAUAGCAGUGAAUCCUGUGAAGCGGUUCCUGUAUUGGAUUGAUUAUGGCCAGUACCCGAAGAUUGAGAAGGCCUAUCUGGAUGGAACAAACCGUGUACCCAUUGUGGUUACUGGAAUAAGCAAUCCUAGGGACUUGACGAUUGAUAUUGUUACUCAUGAUGUCUAUUGGGUUGACUCCAGAGAAGAUGCCGUUCAGAAAGUUUCUUUCUCUGGUGGAAACCGGCAGUAUGUCAGGAAAAACCUUCCAAACCCAAUGGGUGUGGCUGUUUCCGGCCAGUAUGUUUACUGGGCAGACAGGAAUUUGCGAACCAUCUACAAGGCGAGCAAGUUCCAAACAAACACUACCAGCCCACCAGAGCCAGUGAAAUCUGACUUGAACAUGCUGCGAGACAUCGUUGUUUUUGACAGCUCUAACCAGCCCCCUGCCUCAUCACCCUGUUCAACAAGGCCAUGUGACCAGCUUUGCUUCUCUAUGCCGGAAUCCUACAAUGGCACAAAAUGGAAGUGCGGGUGUGCCUCUGGCGAGCUGGCAGCUGAUGGGCGCAAGUGUGACAUGUCUAAGGUCUUCCUCGUCUUCACCACACGCCGGGAAAUUCGAAGCCUUUUCAUGGACCCACAUAAGACAAGUGUGCCAUUCCAGCCCCGAGGAAAUCUCACAAAUGUUGUUGGUCUUGACUUUGACUAUGCAGACAAAAGAAUGUAUUUCACCCAAAUUCGCCCAGAUGGCAGCAUUUCCUGGGUGAACCCUGACAAAAUGGACAUUCAUGUUGUUUUGAACAAGACAAUCAAUCCAGAAGGUAUUGCCUUCGAUUGGACAGCAAAAAAGAUCUACUGGACUGAUUCUGCCAACAGGAGCAUUUAUGCCAUGAACAGAGAUGGCACCCAGUUAGUCAUGAUUGCCCAUGUGGAAAGGCCCAGGGCUAUUGUGCUGGAUCCCUGCCAAGGGUAUAUGUACUAUACUGACUGGGGACGUUAUGGAAACACUGGCAAAAUAUACCGUGCAACAAUGGCUGGCAACAACAAGCAGGCAAUUGUGGAACAGAACCUGACCCAGCCAAGUGGUCUUGCCUUGGACUAUGAUGAUAAGAAGCUUUACUGGACUGAUGCUCUAAGGGAGAAGAUUGAACGUUCUGACUUAGAUGGAAAGAACAGAGAGACUCUUGUGUCUGCAACGAUUUACCCAUUUGCUAUCACAGUUUAUGAGAACUACAUCUACUGGACUGACUUACAGCUCCGUGGUGUCUAUCGUGCUGAAAAGCACACUGGGGCUGGUAUGAUUGAAAUGGUGAAAAGACUUGAGGAAUCUCCACGUGAUAUUCAUAUUUACUCUCCUGAUCGACAAAAAUGUGACAAGAAUCCAUGUAGUUUACAGAAUGGAGGUUGCGCUCAUUCUUGUCACCAAGCUCCCAAUGGAACCAUUGAAUGCCUCUGCAACUCAACAUUUAAGGUUGCAAAUGAAGGAAGAAUGUGUGUUCCUGAAAAUGUUUCUUGCGAUGACACAAAGUUUGCAUGUGGUAAUGGCAAAUGCAUUCCUCGGCUGUGGGCUUGUGAUGGAGAUGAUGACUGUGGAGACAAUACUGAUGAAGACAAGUCAUUCUGCGCCCAGCAUACAUGUGGACCAACAGAGUUCAGAUGUGGUAAUGGCCGAUGUAUCUUCAAAACAUGGAAAUGUGAUCACGAAAACGAUUGUGGGGACAGCACAGAUGAGGAAGGCUGUGAAUACCCACCAUGUCCUGAUGGCGAGUUCACGUGUGCCAACUUCCGCUGCAUCCCAAAAACUCAACUGUGCAAUGGUGUAAAUGACUGCAAGGACAACAAAACUUCAGAUGAAAGCCAUGCAAACUGUCCAAAUAAUCGCACAUGCCCGGGAAACCACCUGAAGUGCGAGACAACCAACAUUUGUGUAGAGCCCUACUGGCUCUGCGAUGGUGAUAAUGACUGUGGGGAUAAUUCUGAUGAGGUAGCCUUGCUUUGCUCACAGAGGACCUGCCCUCCCAAUAGCUUCAGGUGCCCCAAUCACCGUUGUAUUCCAGCAACAUGGCACUGUGAUGGAGAUGAUGAUUGUGGGGAUGGUGCUGAUGAACCGGAAGAUUACUGCAAGAGUGAAAAGCGAACUUGUUUUGGAGACCUGUUUACCUGUGACAAUGGAAACUGUGUGCCAAGGAUUUACAUAUGUGAUGGUGACAAUGACUGUCUAGAUAAUUCGGAUGAAGAUGCCCGCCAUCAGUGUGAUACCCGUGAAUGUGAUCCUGAACGUGAAUUCAAGUGCACUCAGAAUAAACAGUGGGGACGUGCUACUUGCAUUCCAAAGCGUUGGGUAUGUGAUGGAGACCCUGACUGUGUAGAUGGUGCUGAUGAGAACACAACUGCACACAACUGUCCGGCACCCGAGCCAUGUGACCCUGAGAAGCAGUACCAGUGCAAAAACCAGCGUUGCAUAAACAAGGACUGGGUGUGUGAUCAUGACAACGACUGUGGGGAUGGCUCUGAUGAACCUCGCAAUUGUACAUUCCGAAACUGCACAUCAGAAGAAUUCACAUGCCGUAAUGCGAAAUGCAUCCGCAAGUCCUACCACUGUGAUGGUGAAGAUGACUGUGGUGACGGCAGUGAUGAACUAGAAAAAGACUGCAAAAAAGAGGAGACAACUUGCUCGGGGGCACAGUUUCGGUGCAAAAGUGGACAGUGCAUUCCAUAUGAACGUGUGUGCAACAAGCAGCAGGACUGCUCUGAUGGCUCCGAUGAACCUGCGCACUGCAAUGUUGAUGAAUGUGCGAAGGUGGAGCUCAAUCAAUGCGAACACAAAUGUGUCAACACACUAACUAGCUUCUACUGUGAGUGCAAUGAAGGCUAUGAGUUGCUCAAGGAUGGCAAGGCUUGUGCUGAUAUCAAUGAAUGUCAAGUCAAACCUUCAGUAUGCAGUCAGUACUGUGUAAACAGCCCCGGUUCCUACUUCUGCAAAUGCAACCAGACCUACUAUGACCGUGAAUUUGAUGGCCGCACAUGCAAGCGAAAAGAUGACACUGUGCCCUGGCUGAUCUUCAGUAACCGCUACUACCUGAGAAACACUAGUCUUGAUGGCAGCUUGUACAACUUGGUGAAAAUGAAUUUACGCAAUGUUGUGGCCAUUGACUUUGACAUUCGAGAAGGAAGAAUUUACUUUGCUGAUGUUGGAAACAAGACAAUUCAGAGAAUUUAUACAAAUGGCUCUGGAGAACAAGUGUUGGUACGACAUGAUGUUCAUGGUCUAGAAGGGCUGGCUGUUGACUGGAUCGGAAGGAAAAUGUACUGGCUGGAUCGUACAAGCAAGCAAAUGUAUGUGUCAGAGUUAGAUGGUACCAGCAGGAAAACUAUAUUGCCAAAGGGCAUUUCAGACCCCAGAGCCAUUGCUGUGCAUCCUGGCAUUGGGUAUCUGUUCUUUACUGAUUGGGGCCACCAUGCUUUCAUUGGACGCAUGGGUUUGGAUGGAACAAACUUUACUCGCAUUGUGUUGUAUGAAAACAAACUCGUCUGGCCAAAUGCUCUGACGAUUGAUUACUUCAGUGACAAACUCUUCUGGGCAGAUGCACACCUUGAUUACAUUGAGUUUUCAGACUUGGAUGGCAAAAACCGGCAUACAGUGCUACAAGGACGCACUGUUCCGCAUGUUUUUGCCCUGACUGUAUUUGACGACUGGCUUUUCUGGACGGAUUGGAACAUGAAGGGAGUGUACAGGGCCCACAAGUUCACUGGGGAGAAGCUGCAAGUCUUGCGUAACACAUCGCACCGCCCCUAUGACAUUCAUGUUUACCACCCACUGCGCCAGUUGCCUUAUCCCAAUCCAUGUGGCAAGAACAAUGGUGGCUGUUCACACUUGUGCCUCAUCUCUCCUGGAGCCAGCAGCUUUCGCUGUGCUUGCCCAGACAACUUUGUGCUGCUGCCUGAUGAAAAGACGUGCAUUGCCAAUUGCACUGAAGGCCAGUUUCGGUGUGGUGGCUCUGAUGACCGCUGCAUCUCGGUCUUCUGGAAGUGUGAUGGAGAGAAGGACUGUCGAGAUGGCUCAGAUGAAGUGGGAUGUCCUGCUUUCUCCUGCAAGAAGGGACAGUUCCAGUGCCAUAACAAUGCCACUUGUGUGCCAAGGAUUAAGAUUUGCGAUGGCCAUAAUGACUGUGGGGACCAGAGCGAUGAGAAGUUCUGUGGGUAUCCUUGUGGGGAGCACAACUUUAAGUGCCAGAACACCGGUCGAUGUGUUCCAGUUUCUUGGCAGUGUGAUGGGGACAAUGACUGUACAGAUGGUUCAGAUGAAGAUCCUGCCAUUUGCCAUCACCAAGAGUGCAAUACAGACACGCAGUAUAAGUGUAAUAAUGGAAAAUGCAUACCGAAAUUGUGGUACUGUGACUUUGAUGACGACUGCGGUGAUAAUUCAGAUGAACCAGCACACAAAUGCCGAAACCGCAACUGCACUACUGGCUGGCAAAAAUGCCCCUCUGUGAACAACUAUCGGUGCAUACCUACCUGGCUUUUCUGUGAUGGCAAAGAUGAUUGCCGAGACAAUUCUGAUGAGACAAGCCCUGAAUAUUGCCCAAAAUGUCACGAAACUGGUGACUUUAAGUGUAGGAACAACCGUUGUAUUCCCUUGCGUUGGAGGUGCGAUUUUGAGGACGACUGCGGAGACAACUCUGAUGAGGAUAGUACAAUGUGUGCUGAACUCUACAGAGAUUGCUCAGAAAGUGAAUUCCAGUGCGCAAACAAAAAAUGUAUUCCAUCAAGAUGGCGGUGUGACCAUGACAAUGAUUGUGAUGAUGGAAGUGAUGAGAAGGACUGCUUGAAUUAUGCAUGCAAGGAAAAUCAGUUCAAGUGCAACAGUGGACACUGCAUACUCAGCAGACUUGUUUGUGAUGGCAACAAGGACUGCCAUGAUGUCUCGGAUGAACAGAACUGUCCAACACGAGUGCCUGGGGGCCUGUAUUGUCAGGAGAACAUGUUCCAAUGUAACAACACUGUGUGCAUCAGGCCUGACUUCAUGUGUGAUGGUGAUGAUGACUGUGGCGACUUCUCAGAUGAGGCCGAUUCAAUAUGCAAGGACCACAAGUGUGAUGUGACACGCAAGUUCCAGUGCCAGAACAACAAGUGCAUCCCCUUAUGGCAGCUGUGCAAUGGCAAUGAUGACUGUGGAGAUGGCAGUGAUGAGAACAAUCACCAGUUGUGUGGCAAACUAACACCACUUCCCUGCCUUGCUACGGAGUUCAAGUGCACUAAUGGGAAGUGCAUUCCCAGAGUUGAAGUCUGCAACCGCAAGGAUGACUGUGGUGACCUGUCAGAUGAACGUGGUUGCCAUGAAGGCACAUGCGAUGCUGCUACACGAGGAGGAUGCGAACAUAACUGCACAACUUUGGGAGAUUCCAAUGGCUACAUUUGCACCUGUGCUAGUGGGUACAAGAUAAAAGAUGAUGAUCCUAAACGUUGUGAAGAUAUCAACGAGUGUGCCACAUUUGGUCACAACUGUUCACAAAUAUGUGAAAACCUGAUGGGUGACUAUGGCUGCCGUUGCAAAGAAGGCUAUGAAAUGUUCAAGUCUCAUUGCCAUGCUAAAGGACCAGCUCCUAUUGUUCUUUACACCAAUGGACCUGACAUCAGAAUGCUGGACUUGAAGAAUGAAGUUCAGAGUGCUGUUAUCACUGGAGAGAGCAGGGUUCAGGCACUGGACUAUGAUCCUCGCGACCAGAUGCUCUACUGGACAGACUCUUAUGAGAAAACAAUUAAGAGAGCAUUCCUGCCAAACUUGACUGACGUCAGUGCUGGCAUUGGGUUCCCACAGAAUCUGGAGCUGAAGGGCCUCACAAAACCAAAUGCUAUUGCAGUUGACUGGGUUGGAAGGACUAUUUACUGGAUGGAUGCAGAUCUGUCAAGCACCCGUCCCAAGGGAAGAAUUUUUGUCAGCCUAAUUGAUGGUCGAUACAGAAAGACACUGUUGUCAUCUAACUUGGAAAGACCCACUUCAAUGGCUGUUGACCCUGACAUGGGGUGGAUGUUCUGGUCAGAUUCGGGCUCCAACCCCAAGAUUGAAACAGCAUGGAUGGAUGGCUCAAAGCGCCGUAUCAUUGUGGGUGACAAGAUUGGCUACCCAACAGGCCUGACGAUAGAUUAUGCCUCUGAUCACAGAAUUUAUUGGUGUGACAGCAAACUGAACACCAUUGAAACUGCAAAACAGGAUGGCUCCAACAGAGUUGUUAUCAUCAGUGGUGAUCUGAUGCAUCCGUUUGCAAUGGACUUGUUCGAAGACAGCAUUUUUUGGAUGACUCGAGAUUCUGGCGAGAUUUACAGGCAAGAUAAGCAUGGACGAGGCGUCAAAGUUCGAGUCAAACGAAAUGUUGAGAACCCAACAGGUGUCAAAAUCUUCCAGCCACUGAAGUACAAUCUCAGUGUUCCCAACAGGUGCCCAUCAUCAGGCUGUUCCCAUCUGUGCCUGUUGGUUCCCCAAGGCUAUCGUUGUGCCUGCCCUGACGGAACUUCCCUACAUGUUCUCAACUUUGGCAGUUGUGAUGCAGGGUUUGAAGUGCCAAAACCACAACCUUACAAGUGCCCUUGCCGAAAUGGUGGCCGCUGUGAGAGUGUCCGAGAUGAGCAAAUAGUGUGCAGGUGCUCAAGUGAAUUUGAAGGCAUGCACUGUGAAAACUUCAUUGCCCGUCGACGGAUAUCAUCUCUUGGAGGGGCCAGUGGCGUGGCUGCAGUCCUUGUUCCAAUUAUUGUGGUCCUCAUAAUAAUGAUCGUAGCAGCCACUCUCUUUGUGUGUGUACGCCGGCGUCAUUUCAAACAAAGUGGCCUUGGUGGAAGCACACAAAGUGUAUCUUUCAGGAGUGGCACAAAUGUGGAGUUUUCGCCAAAUUUUAUGCGAACUCGACAAGCAGAGACAAAUGCGGAAUCUUUAGAUGCUGACUUUGGACUGAAUGAUGUGAACAAGGCAACAGACUUUAGCAACCCAAUGUAUGAUGCAUUAGGAAAUGCUGAUGGCACUGCAGGUGCUGGUGAAACAGGCAAGGGAGGCCUAUAUGAAGUGGCUGGUGAUGUCUUUGACAAGAAGUAUGACAAGAACUGCUUUGACAGCAGCAAUAAGGCACCACCAAGUGUGGGAUCUGCUGUGCUGCACCCGUCAAUGGUGCUUCAUCGGUCAUCUCCACAUGUUCCUUUACGGCAAACAGCACUUGAUCCAACCACCGUGGACACAGACAAAGACACACAAAAUUUGGUGGAAGAGGACAAGUCAGAAUGCUGAGUGUGUCUGCACGAAUUGAGGCAGGCCUCCAAAACAGGUGAACUGGCUGGCAAUAGAACUGUUAACAAACAAGGACUCAUCUUCGAAUCGUGGUCGUUCUAGGUGUUGCAUAUCUUGUUUGGGCUGGGGAGUAGACUUGUACAUAUGGUAUUAACUGUUUUUCGAAGAGACAGGCAAAGAGCUAUAUUGUGUGCAGCCAGCAGCAAUGAUGUGUCUGCUCUGGACAAAGACUAGGCACGAUUACUGUUGCCAAGCGCUUGCUGCCCACAUCCUGAAUGUUUCAGGCCAGAGCUGGUGGGCUCAACGCUGUUAUUUAUGUCGUGUAUAAAACAGAAGGGCCUUUCAUGGUCGUGGCUGAAAAGCCUGCAGAAAGGCAAGUGUGGAGACCUCACCCCCACUAAGAGCAUGCUCCCACUUGCACGUGUCCCUCCGAGAACGCACAAGGUCUGGAAUGGGUCUGAGGCUUGUCCCGAUCACCAGUCUUGCACGGAUGCGUCUUCUCACAAGACAGAGAGUUUGUUUAUUUGUGGAUUGAUUUUAUAAACUGUUUUUAUGUUAUACAAAUUUUUUUAACUGCACCUGGCAAUGCUUUUACAAUCAAGUUUUGCUGAAGUCAUGUGUGCCCAAUGAGAAUGUGUGAGUAUGCCUCUGAAGAUCGCAGUGUCUUGUACUGGCUGAUUUUAUAAAAGCCCUGCACCUUUCCAAUGCUUGGAGGUCUGUCUCCUUCAGGCAUAGAAAGUGCAGGGCUUUUUCUUUUCUUCUCGUGUGAGCCUGUUCAUGCAGCAGCAACUGGACAAUGCCUUCAAAUCAGGAAAAAAAACUCUGUGGCAUUCCCUGUAUAUGUGCUGGACUGAGUGCUUAGUGUUGGACGGGUUUCAGUCUAGUUACUUGCAUUUGCUGCUGUGGACAGGCUGUCGUGGUGUGACUUAGGACACACAAGUGCUUGAUGUGUACAUGUGAUAUUUUUUUUUUUUUGUAAAAGCUUGGACACGCCAUACCUGCUGAUAACUGAUACCGUAUCAUUCCAUCUGUUCAUUCCAUGUUCGGUACAAAUGUGUGAUAUAGUUUCUGCUCUUUUUUGUUUGUUUUAGGCAGACAAAAUGUUUUAUAUAAAGUGAUGAGUCUUGCUCUGUUGUGACACAUUCCCACCCACUUCCCUCCCCCCGUUCCCCCCCAUUCCCCCCCCUUGUGAUUGCACUCAGGUGCUGAUCAGCUUACAGUUAAUCCAUGAAAUUCUCAUCUGCCAUUUCAAAGAACAAUAAAUUUGUAAUACUUGAAA